UAAAGUGGAAGGCCUCCAUCUUCAAUGGAAAAUUACUCCCAUAACUCUCUCUGAUCUUCUUCAACCUUCUCCCAUUUCACAUGCAUAUAUAGCUUGAUUUUUUUUCUUCAUUUUCAAAAAGGGCUUUUUGUUCAUUUGUUUAAUUUUUGAAUUUUUGUAAAGUCGAAAUGGAAGACAGUGGGAAUCUGCAGCGCCACCGGCACCGCCACUCCGACACGGAGAUUGUCGGGUUUGAUGGAACGACGUCGUACAGCGGUCCGCUAAGCGGGCCGCUUAAUAACAAGAGAGGCGGCAAGAAGAGCGCCCGGUUCAACAUCCCGGAAUCCUCCGACUUAGCUGCGGCGGCGGCGAAAGCCGGGAACGACGACGAUGCCUACGUGGAGAUCACGCUGGACGUCCGGGAGGACUCGGUGGCGGUGCACAGCGUGAAGGCCGCCGGCGGGGGUGGCGCGGAGGACCCGGAGCUGGCGCUUCUGGCGAGGGGAUUGGAGAAGAAGACCACUCUGGGAUCCAGCUUGGCCAGAAAUGCUUCGUCCAGAUUCCGGCAAGUGUCGCAGGAGCUAAAGCGCCUGACCUCCUUCACCAAACGCCCGUACCCGGGUCGGAUCGACCGGACCAAAUCCGCCGCCGCCCAUGCUCUCAAAGGCCUCAAGUUCAUCAGCAAGACCGACGGCGGCGCCGGAUGGGCCGCCGUCGAGAAGCGCUUCGACGACCUCACCGCCUCCACCAAUGGCCUUCUCCCAAAAGCAAAGUUCGGUGAAUGCAUAGGUAUGAACAAGGAGUCGAAGGAAUUCGCGGGAGAACUGUUCGAUGCUCUGUCAAGGAGAAGAAACAUCACAACAGAUUCCAUCAACAAAGCACAGCUCAGAGAGUUCUGGGAACAAGUUGCAGAUCAGAGUUUCGAUUCUCGACUUCAAACCUUCUUUGAUAUGGUUGAUAAAGAUGCAGAUGGGAGAAUCACAGAAGAAGAAGUCAAAGAGAUUAUUAGCCUUAGUGCAUCUGCGAACAAGCUGUCAACCAUCCAGAAACAGGCAGACGAAUACGCGGCAAUGAUAAUGGAAGAGUUGGACCCCAACAACCUUGGAUACAUUAUGAUAGAGAAUCUGGAGACGCUGUUGCUGCAAGCUCCAAACCAAACAGUGAGAGGGCAUGAGAGCAGGAACCUAAGCCAAAUGCUGAGCCAGAAACUCAAGCCCACAAUAGAACCAAACCCAAUAGUCAGAUGGUACAAGGAUUUCAGGUACUUUUUGCUGGAUAACUGGCAGAGAGUGUGGGUGCUUUUACUAUGGAUUGGUACCAUGGCUGGGCUGUUUGCUUGGAAAUAUGUGCAGUACAAAAACAGAGCUGCAUAUGAUGUUAUGGGUGCCUGUGUUUGCUUGGCUAAAGGCGCAGCCGAAACGCUUAAGCUAAACAUGGCUAUAAUCCUCUUACCAGUCUGCAGAAACACACUUACUUGGCUUAGGAACAAAACCAAACUAGGAGUCGCUGUCCCCUUCGACGAUAACCUCAAUUUUCACAAGGUGAUAGCAGUGGCGGUGACGAUGGGAGUAGGAAUACACGCGAUAUCUCACUUGACGUGCGAUUUCCCAAGAUUGCUACACGCAGACUCGAAAAAAUACAAGCCAAUGGUGAAGUACUUUGGGGAGCAGCCAGAUAGCUACUGGCAUUUUGUGAAGGGGGUGGAAGGGGUGACAGGGAUAGUAAUGGUGGUGUUGAUGGCCAUAGCAUUUACACUGGCAACUCCAUGGUUUAGGAGGAACAGAGUGAAAUUGCCAAAGCCCUUCAACAAGAUUACUGGUUUUAAUGCCUUUUGGUACUCCCACCACCUCUUUGUUAUUGUCUAUUCUCUCCUCAUUGUCCAUGGUAUCAAGCUCUAUUUGACACACAAAUGGUACAAGAAAACGACAUGGAUGUAUUUAGCUGUUCCCAUCCUACUUUACGGUGGUGAAAGGUUGAUCAGAGCCUUUAGGUCUAGCAUUAAGCCCGUUAAGAUUCUUAAAGUGGCAGUCUACCACGGAAAUGUCUUAACACUUCAUAUGUCAAAGCCCCAAGGAUUUAGAUAUAAGAGCGGUCAAUAUAUGUUUGUCAAUUGUGCUGCCGUUUCUCCGUUUGAAUGGCACCCAUUUUCAAUCACUUCUGCCCCUGGGGAUGACUACCUUAGUGUCCACAUUCGCACUCUUGGUGAUUGGACAAGACAACUCAAAGCUGUUUUCUCUGAGGUUUGCCAGCCCCCACCUAACGGUAAAAGUGGUCUCCUAAGAGCUGACUGCUUGCAGGGACAGAAUAACCCCAACUUCCCGAGGGUGUUGAUUGAUGGGCCAUACGGAGCGCCGGCACAAGACUACAAGAAAUACGAGGUGGUUCUGCUAGUGGGGUUAGGGAUUGGUGCCACCCCAAUGAUAAGCAUAGUGAAAGACAUCGUGAGCAACUUGAAGGCCAUGGAGGACGACGAGGAAGAGGCCGGUGAGAGUAGAUCUGGGAGUGGGAGAAGCAACAACAACUUCAAGACGAGGAGGGCGUAUUUCUACUGGGUUACAAGGGAACAAGGGUCGUUUGAGUGGUUCAAAGGGAUAAUGGAUGAGGUUGCGGAGAUGGAUCAGAAGCACGUGAUAGAGAUGCACAAUUACUGCACCAGCGUGUACGAGGAAGGAGACGCCCGCUCUGCCCUCAUCACCAUGCUCCAGUCCCUCCACCUCGCCAAGAGCGGCGUCGACAUCGUUUCCGGCACCCGCGUUAAGUCCCACUUUGCUAAGCCCAAUUGGCGCAACGUUUACAAACGCAUCGCUCUCAAUCACUCCGAAGCAAGAGUUGGAGUUUUCUACUGUGGGGCACCAACACUUACAAAGGAGUUGAAACAUCUAGCAUUGGAUUUUUCUCACAAGACAUCCACCAAAUUUGAUUUCCACAAGGAAAAUUUUUGAGACCACUUCUUAUGCCCUGCCCAGCCAUGGAUUCCAUCAUCAGAUCAUCAACCUUAAUUGCUCUCCUUUUGUACAGACAUUAAUUAAUUGUUUCAUACAUACUAAGUUCAUAUAUUUCUAAUUUCAUAUAUAUACACAUGUUAAAUAUAUAGUUUCAUAAAAAUUUCGAAAAGAAAAUGAUUUAGAGCAUAGAAGACAUAUAUAACUAAAUAUAUAUGUCCGGGGAUGUAAUAAUUUUAGCCCACUUUUGAUUUAUUGUCAUCUUUAUUUGAGAAUAUAAUAUUAAGAGUUAA